AUGUUGGUCUCGAAGCAAGCUUGUGAAAGCAAGUCGGUCGGGUACGAGAAAGACCUAGCGGACGGGAACGGCUACUGGGACCUUUUGGGUGAAAACUGCUGCCGCGGCCACGGCCUCGAUGAUGGCGUUCUAGCAGGGGAGUUGGCUGAGAGUGCGGUCGCCUCGGUCGUGCUGCUGAGGUGGGCCAUGGAGUGUAUUGUGGCGAACGACGGGGAGGGCGGCGCCGAGGACGGUGAUGGCGUCGUGCCAGGCACAACCGCUCCACGAAAUGGGUUAACUACGGCGGACGACGACGAACCGGCAAAGGCGCCGGUGGCAGAGGAUGGGACCCCCAGCAUGCAGGGCAAGGCGGUGAGUGCGACGGCCACAGGCCAGGUUCGCUUAGCGCACUCGGCACGAAAGCCCAGGGGCAGCGACCGGUUUUCGUUUUCGGGUUCGCUCGAAAGAAAGUGUGCCAAUCACCACGGCGAGGGCGACUGCCGUGGCCCGAGAAAGGCCAUCGGAAACAAGUCGUUUGCUGCAUCGUGUCCCUCACUAUCAGAGUCUUCAUGCAACCGGGAGAGACUCAGAGACAAGAAACCUUUUCCCCGUGAGCUGCCCUUGUCUGGAGGGCGAAGAGGAGGAGACGGAGGAGGAGGGGGAGGAGGAGGAGGAGGAUGGAAGGGAGAAGAGCAGCAACCGCCGGAGGGCGACCGCGGUCGCCCGGCCGGCGGGAUCGUCGUGACUUCGCCAUCUCCUGGAGAUGAGGCGAAGAAGGACGAAAGGCACCGAGAGGGCUGGCGCGACGGAAGAACCCCUAGGGUUGCCGGCAAAAGCACCGCGUCAGGAGAUGAACCGGUGGAGGACAUGAGAACGUUCCCGAAAAGGUACGCAGCGGCACCAAAGAUGUACUGUUUUUGGCUAGUCGGGGCGCCUUCGUUACUUAGCGCGCCAUGGAAUGAUCUACACAACCCAGGAUCCCCACAGAGGAGGAGCACAUCGAGGAACGUUAUCUUCGAAGAAAGGCGCAUGGGUCUAUUCAAGAGCGUUUCAUCCGGGCUCAACCCGUCUUGCCUGCCUGCCAGCCUGCUCAGUAGUGCAGAUCGCACGUGGCUAGCACCGGCGGCUCACGAGGUCGCCUUGCAUGCCCUGGUGUGCUUGCUGAGGGCCGCGGAGGUCGACCUCUGUGGUCACAGCAGCACGAACAGGCUUCAAACCGAGUUGGAUAUGGACACUGUGGGUGGCGGAAGGGCAGUAGUGAUGGAGGAAGGCGUGCUUCUGCUAGUUCUCAAGGCAUGCGCGAGGUUCCAAGAUCAUGGCGACGUGGUCAAGAUUUGCUGUAUGCUGAUGCGCGUCGGUGUGAUGUGUGCAUUGCAUGGCGCAGGGUUUGAGCGGCCGGUCGGCGGCCCCAUUGCGCCAGGCAUGGCUCUCCUAGUCGACAAUGGCGUGGAGGGCGUAGUGACGAGGGCAGCAAAGGCGCACGUCGAAAACCUUUCGGUCACCAUGGAAGCUUCGGCGCUGCUCCAUAGCCUCGGAAUGAACUCCAUCAGGAUCGAUGCGUCGGGGGCAACUUGCUCGGCGCUGCCGCCGGCGCCGCCUACUCCGCAGCCUGCGGGGAAGAGUGACUUGGAGCCGGCGGCUGUGGUCGUGACCGUUGAUGCAGUGACAAAGGCGAGUGUUGGGGCGUGUCCUCGUUACGAGGGAAGAUAG